CUCCUCGGUUACUUAUUACCGCCGCCUGCUCUCCCCAUAAUCAUUUCACAGCGAGAGAGGAGCGCGGCAACAUGAGGCGCGUUUAACUCGACUAAAGACUCCGCGGCGGAACUAUUGGAAAUACUUUGGAGUCGGGUCCGUUUCGAGAAGAGUUUUUUUUUUUUUUGUGUGAUCAUGAAAGCGUCGCUGGUUCUGAAAACAUCUCCACUUUGAAUCAAAGCAGCUCUACUGAUCCUUUUGGGAGAAAGCCCCUGUGUGUGUUUUUAUUUUUAUUUUUCCAUUUUUUUUUACACUGUACUAUGUCAUCCACUGAGGAGCCGUCUGGCACGGUCCUACACCGGCUCAUCCAGGAGCAGCUCCGCUAUGGAAACCCCACAGACGCCCGCACUUUACUGGCCAUCCAGCAGCAGGCCCUGCGCGGAGGCAGCGGAAGCAACAGUGGACCCAGCAGCGGCGGCGAAAUGGGCCGGAGCCCCAGAUCGUCUCUGGAAAGCCUCACGCAGGAGGACCCGCUGCUUCCCCAGCUCUCGGCCAGGCAGGAGCCGCAGGGCCAGGAGCACCAAGGGGACUACCACCACUCGGAGAGUGGCUUCCAGCUGCACGGAGAGAAGCUGCCCACCUACGAGCAGGCCAAGGCGCACUCUCAGUACCCGUCCUCCCACUGGGCCCACCAGCAGCUCCACGAGGGCCAGAUCGCGCGGCACGACGGAUCCUUCCACGAAGAAGCAGGGAUGCUGGGGCAGAAGUGCGGCCACGUGCGCUCCCUCAGCGAGCAUCUCAUGCAGAUGUCCAUGGACAGACGCAACGCGUUCGCGAAGGCCGCGGCCAUCAAGACGAACUCCCACAGCUACCCGGAGCUCCCUUACUACGCCCCGCAGACCCUCCCGAGGACGGGGCAAAGCACGGACAAACGCAACCCACCCCCAGAAUACAGCAGCCCCAUCCAGAGCCAGGGCUUUCUUCCUCACCAGGUCCAGGAACCGGUGCAGGCUCAGCCACACAGGUAUGUCCAGUCUGAUCAGCCGGAAUUACCCAGCUACAACGCAUUCAACAGCCUGCCACCUGCUGGCCUGGAGGAACCCAACCAGGUGGAGCUGCUCGUGAUGGAGAACGAGAGGCUGAGGCAAGAGCUGGAGGCCCACAGGGAGAAGACCGGCCGCAUCCAGAAGCUGGAGCAAGAGAUUCAGCGCAUCUCCGAGGCCUACGAGACGCUGAUGCAGGGCAGCAGUAAGAGGGAAAACCUGGAGCAGUCGCUGAGGAGGAGGCUGGUAGCCGAGAUCAGGAGGCUGCAGGAUUUCAACAGAGACCUCAGAGAGAACCUGGAGAAAGCCAGAACCCACGUGGCAAAAGAAGUGGAGGUAGCCGACCACAACCAGCACAUUAUGGCUAAACUGCUUGAGCAAAACGAGGAGCAGAACGCUGAGCGGGAGCGCACGGAGCGGGAGCUGCAGCGCCUGCGGGGCACGGUGGAGGAGCAGAACCUGAAGACGAAGCGGCUCGAGGAGGCUCUGGAGGCGGCUCGGGGACGAGGUCGCCAGCUCGAGGAGGAGCUGAGGAGGAAGAGGGCGUACGUGGAGAAGGUGGAGAGGCUCCAGAGCGCGCUGGCUCAGCUGCAGUCAACAUGCGAGAAGAGGGAGAGCCUAGAGAUGAAGCUCAGGACCAGGUUGGAGCAGGAGCUGAGGAGUAUGCGGGCGCAGCAGAGACAGUCUCAGCCCCCGGGAUUGACUCUGAGCUCACUCCAAGAGCGCCUGCGUGAGCGCGAGGAGCGGAUCCUGGCCCUGGAAGCCGACAUGGUGCGCUGGGAGCAGAAGUACCUGGAGGAGAGCACCAUGAGGCAAUUUGCCAUGGAGGUGGCCGCCACCGCUGCGGCUCAGAGAGACACCACCAUCAUUAACCACUCACCCUGCCACUCGUCUAACAACAGCUUCAACGAGGACCUGCCGCUCCCCGACCACAGGAAUCAGGAGAUGGAAAACAGAAUCCGAGCCCUUUAUGCUCAGAUAUUGGAAAAAGACGCCGUGAUAAAGAUCCUCAACCAGCGGCUGCAUCAGGAUCAAAGUCAGAGGGAUGAGCAGAGUCCUCGGGCAAACCUGUUGGGAGCUCCACUGCGACCGGCUUCCUCCACUCCCUCCAUCAGCACAGCCUGCGGCAAGAGUAAAGGUAAAAAUCUGUCAGACGAUCAGACGUUGCCUAAGCGUCAGUUCUCGGCGCAGUCGGGACUCUCAGCGCUCGGGCAGCAGCCGGAGGAAACCCGGUCCAAAGAGGAAACCAGCACAACUAAGCUAAGCGACGACAAGUCAGCCACUAAGAAGAUGCUCUCAAAUCCCUUCAGAGGCCUGGAUGACCUGGAGUCGGAGGCGGUGGAAAUCUUCAUCUAAACAACCAAGAUUUGCAUUCUGAAUGAAAGGAGAGAAAAAAAAAGCUAACUUUUAAGUAUCUGUGAAGACUGCAAGAAGAGAGAACGAGGCAAAUGUAUGAAUGCAUGUUAGUUGGGGGGGAGGUGGGGGGGGGGGGCAACGUUUGAGGAAAACGGACUGUUUUUCACAUGGUGGUGGCAGAGCUGGGCUCUGACCCGCUUUCUCGCACUGAGCCGGACGCCUGCAGGCAGUCUGCCCGGGGAACGGUGGGAAAGGAUGAAUCCUCUGAGGUACUUGGACAGUAUUGUGGAUUGUAACGUGGCAAUAUAUUCUCACAGAGUGUAUGCCGUGCUAUUUAUAUAAAUAUUUCUUUCUAUAAAUGUAAAAAAAUGCUGCUUAUCCCUUUUUAUUAUUAUUUUUAAUUUUAUUAUCUAUUUUAUUUCUUUCCCCCACUAAGUUAAGUUGCUAUAUUCUUAUCUUAUCUAGUUUCCACAUUCCCUACGUUUUAAUGGAUUUCAUUUAUUUCUGUUUGAAUAUCCAGCAAAGGGGUUGCCAGUCUGACCUGCAUCCCCUCUCUUCUCCCACGUUUGUGGAUUUAAUUUCGAGUAAUCUCUGUCCUAUCACACGGCUCUCUUAUUGGAGGACUGCCCCUGAUCUCAUUAAUUUAAACUGAUAACAAAAAAGAUUUGAAGCCUCCACUGCUGACGGUUGUCCAGCCUGAGCAGCUGGUUCUGCAAAGGUUUGGAGAAGUGUGAACAGUGAGGCGCGUAAUAUAUAUAUAUAUAUUAUGAUUAUUUAAACUGACACAGACCUGGUGUUGGAAAAAAAGUGUAGUUUUGGGAUGAUGUUGUGUCAUUUGUCUUUUUUUUUUCACCCCCUUCCUCUCAAAGUAUGUUUGCAUGUGUGAUAGUAGCGAGUGUGUGCCCUGAUGUGGCGAUUCUGCUGGUUUGGUUACCACUGAGGGGCAAAAAAAAGGGUGUUGGUUUUUUUAUUUUUUUGUUUGUUUACUGUGAGCUGCGAACUAACAAACAGGUUAAUUAAUUUUAUUAUAUAUUUUAUACAGAUGUUUGUAUUAUUUUAGAUACAUUAGCGCUUUGAGCAGGAUGCCAAAGACUUCGUUUGUAAGUUAUGUGCCGACAAUCACGGCCUUGUCAAGCUGUAAAACGACCCGUCGUGGGUUGACUUCAAAAAACAGGCAUUUUCUUGUGAAAUCAGCGGUUGAAUUCAUGCGACAUUUCAGAAAACAAUAAAUAAAAUGUUCCAAUAAGCAUUA